AUGGAGAAGCACAUUUUCUUAUUGAUUCUUCUACUUGUAAUUCAAUAUUACUCUGUUGCUUCCUCAAAUGAGACUGACCAACAAGCUCUAUUACUUUUCCAAAAUCUUAUUACAAGUCCUAAUCAUUUUUUGGCAAAUAAUUGGACCAAAAAUACUUCUUUUUGCACUUGGUUUGGUGUCACUUGUAGUCCAAAAAGGCAAAGGGUUGUGGCCUUGAUUCUUCCUAAUUUGCAACUUCAAGGAACAAUUUCCCUGUCUUUGGCCAAUUUGUCCUUUCUCAGAGAGCUCAAUCUUGAUAACAACAGCUUCCAUGGUGGCAUCCCUUAUGGACUUGGCCACUUGCCUCGCUUGCGAGUGAUCGAUAUUCAAAACAAUCAGCUCAACGAAAGUAUACCAACAAGUCUAUUUCAAAACCGGAGAGUUCAAGUAAUUUCAUUGGCUUUCAAUGAACUCAGUGGUGAAAUGUGGAAAGGCCCUUGGUAUGUACCUGAACUCAGAGUCUUAAAUCUCAGGAACAAUAGCCUCAUCGGUAUAAUCCCUCCUUCUGUUGGAAAUGCCACAAAAAUGAUGAACUUCAGUUUGUCUGGGAAUAGAUUCAGCGGCAACAUUCCUAUGGAGGUCGGUAAUCUGAGCCAACUUGCAGAAAUGUCCUUGACUGAUAAUCAGUUAACAGGUUCCAUUCCCGUAGAACUGUUUAAUAUCUCGUCACUACUGUCCAUACGUCUGCGAUACAAUAGCCUUUCCGGCCCUCUCUUGCUUGAUCAAGGGAAUAUUGUAUCAAAUCUGGAGCAUUUAAGUAUUUCUUUCAACCAAAUUUCUGGUUGCAUUCUUUCCAACAUAUGCCAACUCACUGAGCUCAAAGUAUUGUCCAUAGUUUACAACAACAUAACUGGAGAAAUACCCAGAAAUAUUGAUUGUUUAUCCAAACUCGAGAUGUUUCUUAUUGGUGGUAAUCCAAUUAAAGGGACUAUCCCCACUUCAUUGGGAAAUAUUUCCACUCUGCAAUAUCUUUAUUGUGGAGAAAAUCACAUAGUAGGGAAAAUUCCUCCAGAAUUAGGGAAGCUAUCAAAGUUGAGGCAAUUAGUCAUUGAGGAUAAUUCUAAUCUUAUUGGUCAAAUUCCAGAGGCUAUUUUCAACAUAUCUUCUUUGGAAGUGAUUGCUUUCAGUUUCAAUAACCUCUUGGGGAGAAUUCCAAUAACUACAGGUCUUCAUCUUCCAAACGUUAAGGAACUUAGCUUGGGAGUCAAUCAGCUGGAAGGGGAAAUUCCAUUGUUCAUAACAAAUGCUUCCAAGCUUGAGAUACUGUCGCUAACUGAUAACUUUCUGUCAGGAACUAUUCCUACUAAUUUGGGAAAUCUUCAUGAGCUGCGAUCACUCUUCCUACAUCAUAAUCAACUAACCAAUGAACCAAGAGUGCGUGAGUUGUUAUUCUUCAAUUCAUUGGCGGACUGUAAGAUGUUGAAGUAUCUACAAGUGGGUUUCAAUCUGUUGAAUGGCGUUCUGCCAAAUUCUAUUGGGAAUCUUUCAUCUACUAUUCAAAACUUUCAUAUAGGACAUGCAAACAUCAACGGCCUCAUCCCCACAGGCACAAUUUCUCCAUCUUUGGCCAAUUUGUCCUUCCUCAGUGUUCUCAAUCUCGAGAACAACAGCUUCCACGGUGGCAUCCCUUAUGGCAUUGGCCACAUGCCUCGCUUGCGAGUGAUUGAUGUUAAAAACAAUCAGCUCAAUGGAAGUAUACCAACAAGUCUAUUUCAAAACCGAAGAGUUCAAGUAAUUUCAUUGGGUUUCAAUGAACUCAGUGGUGAAAUGUGGAGAGGGCCAUGGUAUGUACCUGAACUCAGAGUCUUAAAUCUCAGGAACAAUAGCCUCACGGGUAUAAUCCCUCCUUCGGUUGGAAAUGCCACAAAGUUACUGAACUUCAGUUUGUUUGGGAAUAGAUUCAGCGGCAACAUUCCAAAGGAAAUUGGUAAUCUGAGCCAACUUGCAGAAAUGUCCUUGACUGAUAAUCAGUUAACAGGUUCCAUUCCCGUAGAACUGUUUAAUAUCUCGUCACUACUGUCCAUACAUCUGCGAUACAAUAGCCUUUCCGGCCCUCUCUUGCUUGAUCAAGGGAAUAUUGUAUCAAAUCUGGAGCAUUUAAGUAUUUCUUUCAACCAAAUUUCUGGUUGCAUUCUUUCCAACAUAUGCCAACUCACAGAGCUCAAAGUAUUGUCCAUAGCUUACAACAACAUAACUGGAGAAAUACCCAGAAAUAUUGAUUGUUUAUCCAAACUCGAGAUGUUUCUUAUUGGUGUUAAUCCAAUAAAAGGGACUAUCCCCACUUCAUUGGGAAAUAUUUCCACUCUGCAAUAUCUUUAUUGUGGAGAAAAUCACAUAGUAGGGAAAAUUCCUCCGGAAUUAGGGAAGCUAUCAAAGUUGAGGCAAUUAGUCAUUUUGGAUAAUUCUAAUCUUAUUGGUCAAAUUCCAGAGGCUAUUUUCAACAUAUCUUCUUUGGAAGUGAUUGAUUUCAGUUUCAAUAACCUCUUGGGGAGAAUUCCAACAACUACAGGUCUUCAUCUUCCAAACGUUAAGGAACUUAGCUUGGCAGUCAAUCAGCUGGAAGGGGAAAUUCCAUUGUUCAUAACAAAUGCUUCCAAGCUUGAAUUACUGGAGCUAAAUGAAAACUUUCUGACAGGAACUAUUCCUACUAAUUUGGGAAAUCUUCGUGAGCUGCGAGCACUGCUCCUACAUACUAAUCAACUAACCAAUGAACCAAGAGAGCAUGAGUUGUUAUUCUUCAAUUCAUUGGCGGACUGGAGUAUUCCUCCUGAGAUUGGUAAGCUUAAACAACUCCAGGGGCUGUAUCUAACUAACAAUAAAUUGCAGGGACAUGUUCCAGAGGCGAAUGCUUAG